AUGAAACUAACUAGCUCCGCUCAUUAUUCCCUUCUCUUCUUAUCAUCCAUCCUGGGGCUUUCCUGCGCCGCCAGCUCCUCUCACUUGAACGAUGAAGCAACAUGUGUGGCGCACUCGCCAACCAGUGGCCUGUAUUACGAUCUCAAUCCGAUCUCGCUAUCCCCACCGCAAGUGAAGAACGGCAAGAAAGUAUCGCAGGAGGAUCGGGAUGAAAGUUGGCCCGCCAAGGGGCACGACUACCCCGCAAACUUUACGCUGAAUGUAUGCGCGCCGGUGAUUGAGAACUUCACAGAUGUGGUUGGCGUGCCAUCUUCGCGGUGGCAGAAUAUCAGCGCGUUCUACGAGCAGCAUGGGAAGAUAUAUUCGUUGGGCGAACAACGUUCUGAUCCCUUUUUCCGUGGUCGCAAACUGGUUCUCAACUAUACGAAUGGCUCCCCGUGUCCUGAUGAAUUCAAUGGCGCUGCUUCCAAUGCUUCCGUCCGAACCAAGUCCACGCUGAUGUCCUUCCUCUGUGACCGCGACGCACCGGCAAACCAGGCAACCGCAUCUUUCGUCGGCACUAUGGACUCCUGUUCCUACUACUUUGAGAUUCGCAGCUCUGCUGCCUGUGGUGGCCUUGCGGUUGAUCCCAACUCCGGCGGCAUGGGACCGGCCGGUGUUUUCGGUGUCAUUAUGCUCAUUGCUGUUGCCGCCUACUUUAUCGGUGGUUGUGCUUAUCAACGCACUGUCAUGCACCAGCGCGGCUGGCGCCAAUGCCCCAACUUCAGUUUGUGGGCUGGAAUGCUUGACUUCAUUAAGGACAUGUUCAUCAUCUCCUUCUCAUCAAUUGGCAACUGCCUUCGUUUGAGACGUUCGCCUUCGAAUGGUGGCUACACGCGCCCUGGUUCUGAUGACCGUGGUGGCUUCAUUGGUGCUAUUGGUGGUCGGGGAAGGGGCUCGGGUGGCCGAGGUGAUGUGGACGCAGAGAAUCGCUUGAUAGAUCAAUUGGACGAGGAGUGGGAUGAUUAG